CACUAAGGCGCUCUGCAGUCUUUUCUAAACACACUCCCUGUUGUGCAUUCAGGGAAUAAUAAGCCCUUCAUUUACAAGGCAGGCUGCCAAGUCUGUUGCCUGGCAGAAAAAAGGAAACACCUACAGCCAUAGCAAGCUCUUUGUACUUUCAGUUUCGCUUCUGUGAAAGCAAAAACUAAUCGAAAGAAAGGGAAGCAGAAAGAGACAUAGGGAAAAGAAAAAUGACAGCUGAAGCCGUAUCUCAAAGCCUCACCAAGAUUCUCUGCUCUCAUGGAGGCUCAAUGGAGUAUAAGAUGCUGAAAGAACAGCUGAAGGGACAGCCAAGAGAAAUUCAGAAGCUCCUCUCAGAAAUCCUCCAGGACAAGAGCAGGUUUGCCCUACGCCAGGGAGAUCCAGGAAGCAGGCCGGGGUGUGUGAUUAGCCCCAACACUGUCGUGGCUGCUAAGACUGCAGUGCGCUUAUGCAAAAAAUACCCCAACGAGACCUGCCACAACUGUAGAGACCUUCACCUCUGCAAAUUCUUUGUGUAUGGCAACUGCAGAUAUUCAAAGGAACAAUGCAGAAAUAUCCAUGAUAUAAAGUCUGGCCACAAUCUUCAAGUCCUGAAAAGAUAUGGUCUGCAAAAUCUUGAUGAACGCCAGCUGAGUGCACUCCUGCUCCAGAAUGAUUCAUCUCUCCUGCCUGAGGUUUGUGUGCAUUACAACAAAGGAAGUGGGAAGUUUGGAUCCUGUACAUAUCAGACAGGUUGUAGCAAGCUUCACAUAUGUCUGCACACCAUGAGAGGAAAUUGUAAAUUUGGCAACAAAUGUAACAGAUCUCACAAAUUUGAUGGCGUUGCCUGGAAAAUCCUGAAAGGUCGAGGUCUGUCUGAAGCACGUAUUUGUCAACUACAGGAGAUCUACCAUAAUAUAUUUAUUAUUAAAGACUGCAGAAAUGCAGACGAGGAAAGUUGCUCGAGUCGCUCAAGAGAGUCUUCUGUAAGUUCUAACAGUGAAGGUGACUCUGAUGAAAUCUGUCUCUACUACAUUUCAAAAUACUGCAGCUUUAAAGAAAAGUGCAUGAAUGUUCAUUUCCACCUUCCAUACAAAUGGGAAGUGUUUGAUGGUCACAGCUGGUCUGAAAUCAUUAAUAUGGAACAAGUUGAAAAAGAUUUUUGCAACCCAGAAAACAUAGUAAGUUCUGGUUCUCCAUCUGUUGACUAUCAAAAUAUGACCACCGGGCUUGCCAAAGUGCGCCGUUUGUCCACUGUGUCCUCUGUAACUAAGAAACUUCACUUCAGUCUAACAACUAAGUGGAUCUGGUACUGGAAAGAUGAAUUUGGAAAAUGGAUAGAGUAUGGGAAACAAGUGACUACACAUAAUCUUUCAUCAGUCACAUCAGAUGACUUGGAGGAAAAAUUCCUUGCUAAUUGUGAUGACUGUGUGACCUUCACGGCUGGACAGCAUGAAUACACUCUCAGCUUCAAAGAUAUGACCCAGCAAAACCAGAAACACAAAACAAAAAGAGAAGUCAGGAGAAGACCACAGUUUAUUUCUCAACAAGAUGCGGAGAAGAUCAAACGAAGCAGUGAUUCCUCAGGAGGGCAGACCUUGAUGAGUAAAACCAUUCCAGAUAACUGGGACAAAUCAGCCACCCCUGAAUAUGGAUACAAGCUUGUUCAACUUGCUCAAGAAUCUGAGGAGUUUAAGCAAGUUUUAGGCCAUUUUCAGCGGACCAUGCCAAAUGCAACUGUGUCUAAAAUUAACAGGAUCCAAAACCAAGACCUCUGGGAAAUGUUCCAAAUACAAAAGGAACAGAUGAAAAAAAAGAGCGGAGAUAAGUAUGUCGAUGAACGGCUUUUAUUUCACGGAACUGAAAAAUCACUUGUGGAUGCUAUUUGCCACCAAAACUUUGAUUGGAGAAUUUGUGGUGUUCAUGGCACUUCUUAUGGCAAAGGAAGCUACUUUGCAAGAGACGCUUCUUAUUCCCACAGCUACUCAAAUGCCAGAUGCUCUGAAAACAUCUUGUUUGUAGCCCGGGUUUUGGUGGGAAAAUUUAUUAAAGGAUCGAGCAGCUACAACAGGCCUCCCUCUAAAGAUGGCAGUAAUAUGAAUUUCUACGAUAGUUGUGUUGACAACGUUGACAAUCCUUCUAUCUUUGUUAUCUUUGAUAGAUGUCAGAUCUACCCUUCAUAUGUAAUAGAAUAUAGCAUGGAACCAAGCAAGAUAAAUCUGAGAAAGUUAGUUUACCCCAAAAAAAUUAUGUCAAAUUGGUAAGCAAUAGAACUGUUUUAAGAAUUACCUGAGGAAAUGACAUACUAAAGAAUUUCAUAUUUUAACAUUUUUUCUUGAAAUUUGUUACUAGUUACAAAUGUCAUCUCUCUUAAAUGGUCUGAAUUAGCAACUUGCACAGAACUGUUAAUGAACCGCAAAUGUUAAGAUUAUUUCUGUUCCGAUUAGGAGAUUUUGUAAAAAUGAGUGGAAAAACUUUGGAUUUAGCUGCUAUACGGUGAGUGGUCACUUUAUUCAGUCCACUGGAGUGCUCAAUCACUGACAGUGUCGUAAUGAAUUCAGUUCAUUUUAUUUUUGUA